AUGGCAUCGUGUCCAACUUACACGGCGACGUUGCCAGUCGGUAAACCAACAUCUGCGUUCUGGCAGUCUGAACCAGAUUCAGUCAUAAGCAACCACCAGUCUCGUAUCCUUCCAGCCUCGGCAGAUGUAGUCAUUAUAGGGGCUGGCAUUUCCGGAGCCUUCAUUGCUCAUCGACUGCUUACAGAUGAGUCGCCCAGCAGACCGAAGUCCGUCUUGAUGCUCGAAGCCCGGGCCGCGGUAAGUGGUGCCACGGGUAGAAAUGGACUCGCAUCUUACAAUGGCUUCAAGGAAGCGGGCGGCGACGUCUCCGAAAUCAAUGUCUUGCUAAAGGCUGAAGCCGAAAAAACGCUUCGCAUCAGGAGCUGUUUUGGCGCCAUCACGUUUCCUGCUUCGAGUCUCUGGCCGUAUAAGCUGGCCAUGGCCAUGAUACGAAAGUCUCUCGAGGCUGGCCUUCAGCUUGAGACCAACACUCCAGUGCUGAAAGUUUCUCGAGCCGACAGUGAGCAUGGUAGUUGGACUGUCACGACUAGUCGCGGUAAAAUCACUGCGAAUAAGGUGAUACACGCCACAAAUGGGUAUGCCUCCCAUCUACUGCCGGAACUUGAUGGGCGCAUCAUUCCUCUCAAAGGUCACGUUGCGGCCAUCCCGCCUCCGCGCGCAUACAUCGACUUACCGCUGUCAACUUCUUUUGCUUUCGUGUCCGAUGAAAACUACGACUAUCUCAUACAACGUCCCGGUCCACAGAAGUACCUGAUCUGGGGUGGAGGAGAAGGCGCACAUCCGAACGGGCCUGAAGGCGGCUACGGAGACUGCGAUGACUCCUUUGUCGUUCCCGAGGUGCUUGACUUCAUCAAAAAAGGGCCAUCUCGGACUUUCAAGGGCUGGCAGGAGUCUCUCGAAAGCCCAAGUUCUGGGGUCAGAGAUUCUGUUCCAUUUGCUUGGAGCGGCAUCAUGGGGCUCAGCAAGGACUUGUUGCCCUUCAUAGGAGAGCUGCCCGGCAAGCCUGGCCAAUACCUCAUCGGUGGCUAUCACGGUCACGGCAUGGCCCGCGUAUUCCUGUCAACAAAGGCCUUCUGCGAUCUUUUCCUCGGACAAGCAAUUGACCCGCGCGUUCCAUCGCCUUACUUUGAUCUAGAGUCUAGGCUUAGAGAGCCUGUUGACAUGUCCAAAGUGGGGGACAUCUUGUAG